AUGUCUCUUCAAGAGUUUGUAGACUUCUAUAAGACACCUAAAGAAGAUAGAAAGGUACUCUACAAUGUUCUCUCCCUUGAAUAUUCACUCACUCCUCUUGAAGAUUUAGUUGACUCGCCAGCCCUUGUCCGAGAAAUCGACUGGGUUGGUAAGAUUUGGCCCGAUGCACUUCGCCAACGAUGGAUUUCAUUUAAUGGGCGAGACAAGAAGUUGUACACUCCUCAUCAUACAUUUCCAAAAGUUCAAAAUUAUUGCCUGAUGAGUGUAGCCAAUUGUUACACAGAUUUUCACAUUGACUUCAGUGGAACGUCAGUUUGGUAUCAUGUUCUAAAAGGGCGAAAAGUAUUCUGGUUGAUUCCUCCAACAGAGACCAACUUCUUCUUGUAUCAGGAGUUCAUCAAGACAGUCAGCGACAAUUCAUUCUUCGGGUAUACAGUUGAACAUUGCCAUGUUGCCAUUCUUGAACCAGGAGACACGAUGCUUAUUCCCAGCGGAUGGAUUCAUGCUGUCUAUACACCUGACGAUAGUUUGGUAUUCGGAGGAAACUUUUUGCAUUCACUAUCAUGUCAAACACAAAUUCGCGUGUUCGCAGUGGAAAACAAACUGAACAUUUCUCGCAAAUUCCGUCUCCCAUAUAAUGAGGAGCUCAUUUUCUACGUGAUGGCUGAUUAUGUCAAGAAGUGGACAGGUCGUGAAUACGUUAGGCCUCUUCGUAUCGAGGAUGCUAAACUAGAUUACGUUGGAGAAAAGUGGCAGACUGCAGGUGGUCAUCUCAAGAAAAUUGUGUACUCUGAUUAUGCUUACGAAGUUACAAAUGAUAUGGUUAAUACAGAAGAAGUUACAACUAAAGACGAAGUUAAAGUUAUUGCAAUGCACGCUGAAAAUUCGGGCUAUGGUGGAUCUCCGAUGAUUAGUAAAUCAACAUUUACGGAAGUUACUGGUUUAGAAGAAGAAGCGGAUGAUGAAGACGAUUCUAAGCCACAGGAAACUAAGGAAGAAAUGGAAGCACGACGGGAUGCUGAGAUUGACGAGUUGGCUAGUUCGAAUUCAUUAAUUUUCUACAAAAAUUCCAAGCAUGAUUUCAUUCGAAACAAGUGUGUACCUGAUCACAAGCUUCCCAUCGGUCACGAGCCGCCAAUUUAUUUCAACGAUGACGCUGUCGCAUCCAUUUCUUCCUCUCUGCUCGAUGAACUUGAGGCUCUUGGAGCAUACAUGCGUAAAAAGGGACGUGUGGAAGUGGCAGAAGGAAUCUGCCAACCUGCGUCGCUAAUCAAUGUAUUCAAUACAGUUUUGAGAAAAAGAAGAGCUGAAUUGGAAGGAACCACAUUCGAAUUCAAUCAAGUGAUGCCACGAAGAUAUACUCGGGCAGCUAUCGAAACAGGUGGCUAUGAUUUUGAGCCGACUCAAACAACCACUGCCGGAGUCUCGAGAAGAAACUCGCAGUUUAAAGUGGAAGACUUUCCCGACGAACUUCUAGAGGGAGAGGAGCCUGAAAGACCAAGAAUCAUUCUUCCCCAACAACCAUCAUCAGGACCUCUCGAAUAUAUUCCAACUGAAAGAGUUAUACAUGAAGAUGCAAAUGGGUUUGAAGAGGAGUAUGAUGAAGACUACGGAGAGACAAAACAGAUGACCGUGAAAGAAGAUGUUGAGGAUGAUGCAGAAGAAGAGCCAGAAGAAGAAGAUGAUGACGGUGAUGAAGAGUACAAAGAGGAGAAGUAUGUGGCACCAGUUACAAGACGUUCCAGUUCGAGAAAGUCAACGAGCAGUGUGAAGAAAGAGGAAAAGGAAGAAGGUGUUCUAGCUGAAGAGACUCCGAAGAAAGUAAAGAAGGAGAAAAAAGAAAAGACACCAAAGUCUGAAAAGAAAGAAGAAAAGAUUAGAGAUGAGAAUACUAAAGAGCCAAAGAAAGAUAAACGCGAAAAAGAGAAAAAGAAGAAAGAAAUGGAACGAAGAAUGCGAGAUAGUCAGCUUGAAGCUGAACUCAGAGCAGCUCACGGUGGUGUUAUGUCUAAAUCAAAAAAGAAGAAGCCUGAGAAGCCAGCGUAUGUCGGAGGUCUCCCAACGGCUCCCAUUCAAAAUGAUCCAGUCGUUUCGAAUCCGUACAACUAUGAUCCGAGAAUGGAAAUGAUGAAGCUCGGUACGGGUCAGCUCAAGUCUGCGUAUAGAAAGACAAAGAAUAAUGUCGAGUUGCACAUUGAGAAAAAUCUCUAUAAGUUGGAUCCAAAGCGAGAGAGUCAGGAAGGAAGUGAGAGUCGUGAGCAGAGCGUGGAGCCAACACCUUCCCCCGAGGUUCCAUACGAUAGAUACAGUCAGUAUCAUACUGAAGAACAUCAACAUGACGAUCUUGAAAUUCAGCGGCCACCGGCGAAACGAUCGAAAUAUGAGUCAAUUAGUGUCGACACAGUGGAGACUCCAACUUCUUCAAAAAGAAAAGAACCUCGUCCCAAAGCUUACACUCCAACUUCUAUCACAUCUCCAACUUCAUCCAACUCCCAUAAGCACAAAAUUUCUUCUCCAGCGAUGAUGUCACCUGUUCAAGAACAUACUGGACGUCAACCGAAAACUAAUGAAAGACGACUGAGUGAUCCUACUGCGAUCGCCAUGAAAAAAGGUGUCUACAUGCCACCAAUGUCGAGACAAGACAAGAUGAUUGCGGAUGAACCAUCUGCUUCUUCUUCACGUCAUUCUUCGAUUUCUUCUGAACGUCGCCAAAGCUUCAUUCCUGAUUUCAACUCUUCUCGCCAUUCUUCAAUCGACGCUUAUUCCCCGACUGUUCAGACUCCAAUGAGAACAUCAUGGAUUCCAAACUCAUAUGUUCCCACUAGACGUUCUCUUGAUGAUGAUUUCCCGAUUGACGUCGUGAAUGACUCACACUCUCCAAUUGAUGUUGUUAACUCGCCACCUUUCCCAACUUCUGUAACACCGCCACCAGUUACUCUUUCUGAACUGAAUAGAGAAAUGUCAAACGGCAAAAAGAGACAUAAUCAUCAUCACCGUCAUUCGGAAGAAGGACGGAAACCGAAGAUCUCAGCAAAAGAUGCAAUCAGUGAGCUGAAAAUUCUAGUCAAUCGCCUCAAGACCAUCAAUGAUUCGUGA